UUAACUCCACUGGACACAGUUCUCAAAGAGACUGUACUUGAUUGUUUUCAAAGCUGUGUCUUUGAGCGUUAUUGUAUAAGCUUCAAUUACAAUAGUGAGAUAAAGUCUUGUGAACUGAUGCGAGGGGCAAGAUUCCAGAUAUUUGGCAGUAACAAGGUGACAGAAAUCGGUUGGGAUUACUAUUCCAUGACUUGUCAGGAUUUGGUGACAAUGGCGGCAGCAGCGAAUGAUUGCAGAAAUAUCUGCAAAGAAAAAGGAUCUUGGAUGCCGUAUGUAUCAGUGGACACACCCAGUGGAGGCAAUGACAUUGAAACAACACAGCACUGGGAGAAUAAGAUUGUCAACAAUGGCGAUACUGCACUAGGGGCCAAGUAUUGCAAAGAUAGGCUUGCGCCACUUGCAAUGGAGGCUCGUGUAGUAGGCACUGAAACUCCAGCAAAAAGCACUGGGCAAAUGUUUGCAAAAUACAGCUCAGAAGAAGGUUUUCUAUGUAGUAAUGAGGAUCAAUUUACUGGGGGUCCUUGUGUGGAUUAUGAAGUGAGAUACUUUUGUCCAAAUGUAUUAGAGCAAGCACAAAGCAAACAUCUGGUCAAAAAUGGUUGAGCUUUAAUAUCCUGUUUCAGAACUAUCCCUAUUCUUAUUAUUGAAAAGGAUUCUAGCAAUACUAUCCAACAUGAAUCUAC